CAGCCAUGGCAAAGGAGAAGAUUCACGUCAACAUUGUGGUCAUCGGCCACGUGGACUCUGGGAAGUCCACCACCACCGGCCACCUCAUCUACAAGUGCGGAGGAAUCGACAAGAGAGCCAUUGAGAAGUUUGAGAAGGAGGCCCAGGAGGUGGGUAAAGGCUCCUUCAAGUACGCCUGGGUUCUGGACAAACUGAAGGCGGAGCGCGAGCGAGGGAUCACCAUCGACAUCGCGCUCUGGAAGUUUGAGACGGAAAAAUACUACAUCACCGUCAUCGACGCUCCGGGACACCGAGACUUCAUCAAGAAUAUGAUCACAGGAACCUCUCAGGCUGACGCCGCCGUGCUCAUCGUGGCUGCAGGGAUCGGAGAGUUUGAGGCUGGCAUCGCUUCUGAUGGCCAGACAAGGGAACACGCCUUGCUGGCUUACACACUCGGAGUGAAGCAACUCAUUGUUGCCGUCAAUAAAAUGGACAGCGCUUCAUACUCUGAGCCACGGUUUAAUGAAAUUGUUAAGGAAGUCAGUGGCUUCCUCAAAAAGAUUGGCUACAACCCCAAGGCUGUCCCUUUUGUGCCAAUCAGCGGCUGGCAUGGAGACAACAUGCUGGAGCCGACUGACAAGAUGCCGUGGUACAAAGGGUGGGCUAUUGAAAGGAAAGAGGGAAAUACCUCUGGCAAGACUCUGUUCAAUGCCCUGGAUAGCAUUCUUCCUCCAAAGCGGCCGAUAGAAAAACCGCUGCGACUUCCUCUGCAGGACGUCUACAAGAUCGGAGGUAUCGGGACGGUGCCCGUGGGUCGAGUGGAGACUGGCAUCCUGAAGCCGGGCACAAUCGUGACCUUUGCUCCUCAGAUAAUCAACGCUGAGGUGAAGUCAGUUGAGAUGCACCACGAGGCCCUGACCGAGGCUUUCCCCGGUGACAACGUCGGCUUCAACGUGAAAAACAUCUCCGUCAAGGAUAUCAAGCGUGGAAAUGUGGCCGGCAACUCAAAAGACAACCCGCCGUGUGGAGUGAAGUCGUUUGACGCUCAGGUGAUCGUCCUGAACCACCCGGGGCAGAUCCACGCAGGUUACACCCCGGUGCUGGACUGCCACACCGCACACAUUGCCUGCAAGUUCAACGAGCUGAAGGAGAAGAUUGACCGGCGCAGUGGGAAGAAGCUGGAGGACAAUCCCAAGAUGGUGAAGAGCGGGGAUGCAGCUAUAGUCGAGCUGGUCCCCAGCAAGCCCAUGGUGGUGGAAUCCUACGGCGAGUUCCCCCCUCUGGGUCGCUUUGCGGUGCGAGACAUGAAGCAGACGGUGGCAGUCGGGGUGAUUAAGGCUGUUGAUAAAGCCACUGUGCAGACCCUGGCCAAACGUAAAUAAAAAGGAAGGAGCAGAGCCGUGGAAGCAGCCGGGCGGUGCUGGGGGGCGU